GGGAAGGGCAGCGCUGAGGAGGAAGGGGUGUGCACGCGCGCGGGGAGGGCGCGCACGCGAACGCAGAAGGGCUACGGGUAUGCGCGCAGCUCCCGCGGGCAGCGGCUGAGGCGGGCGGGGGGCUGCCGGGAGGAAGGAGCGGAGCGGCACGGCGCGGCUGAGGAUGGCGCCAGCGAGCGAGCAGCUGCCGCCGCAGGACGACGGGGGUCCCGCGGCCGCCUCCAACCCUCCGAUGGAAACGCGGCGGGAGAACGGCGGAGAGCGGUGCGCGGGGGACGACAGCGCGCCCGUACCGCGGGCGGCGGCCGAGGGCGGCCCCGGAGGCGAUGCGGCCGAGCCCCCCGAGGGCGGCUGGGGCUGGGUGGUGAUGCUGGCCGCCAUGUGGUGCAACGGCGCCGUCUUCGGCAUCCAGAACUCGUGCGGGGUCCUCUUCGUCUCCAUGCUGCAGCUCUUCGGCGGCGGGCAGGACAAGCAGAUGGCCUUCAAAACAGCAUGGGUGAGCUCGCUCUCAAUGGGAAUGGUCUUCUUCUGUUCUCCAAUAGUCAGCAUAUUCACAGACCUGUUUGGUUGUCGAAAAGUUGCUGUUAUUGGAGCUGCAUUAGGUUUUGUCGGACUCCUUUCAAGUUCUUUUGUAAGCACCAUCGAGCCUCUGUAUUUCACCUAUGGAGUAUUAUUUGCCUGUGGCUGCUCAUUUGCAUACCAGCCAUCUUUGGUCAUCCUUGGGCACUAUUUCAAGAAACGCCUUGGACUAGUGAAUGGCAUCGUCACUGCAGGCAGCAGCUUGUUCACUGUGUCUCUGCCCUUCCUCUUGAGAGUUUUGAUUGAUUCUGUUGGCCUGUUCAACACAUUACGGGUCCUGUGCAUCCUCAUGUUUAUUCUGUUUCUGGCUGGCUUUACGUACAAACCCCUUGUUUCCAACACCAAAGAUGAGGGAGAAAAGAAGGGCAAGUUCAGAUUUCCUCCUGAAAAAAAGAUUUUCAAUUUCUCCGUUUUCAAAGUCAAGAGUUAUCGAAUCUGGGCUUUUGGCAUUCCUGCUGCACUUUUUGGAUACUUUGUGCCUUAUGUUCACUUGGUGACGUCAUUCUUCUUUAUCGGCUUGAUGUCGAUGAUGAUUCCAGUGUGCCACGUCUUUGGAGGUCUCAUUGCUGUCUGUCUCUUCAUGGGUCUGUUUGAUGGGUGCUUCAUAUGCAUUAUGGCUCCUAUUGCCUUUGAGCUUGUUGGGGCUCAGGAUGUCUCCCAGGCCAUAGGAUUUCUCCUUGGAUUCAUGUCAAUACCUAUGACAGUUGGUCCACCCAUUGCAGGUUUGCUUCGUGAUCGCCUUGGUACCUACGAUGUGGCAUUCUACCUGGCUGGAGUCCCCCCACUUAUUGGUGGGGCGAUAUUAUGCAUCAUCCCCUGGGUCCACGAACGGCGUAAGUUGAAAGAAAGGGCAAAAACUGUUGAUGGAGAAACUACUGAGAAAAUGCUGGAAAAUGAAAGCACUUUGGUGUUAGAUGCUGUGGAAAAGCCAGUCAAAGAAAUGGAAUCGGGUGUUUGAUGCUUUCUUUUCCUAUACGAGACAGACUUUCUUCUACCAAAGCUACAUUUCUACUUUUUGGCUGAAGAUACUACAUGAUACUAAAGAUGUUCUGAACUGCUGAAGUUGCAAAACUGCUCUAAGAAUCUUUUAUACCAUUGAACUUUUUUUGAUGAGUCGUUGAGUUUGAUUUCAAGCCACGUUUUCAGAGUAUUUGAAGUUUUGUAGCAUUAGUGUGUACAUACGUAGUGAUUCUGUGUGUGAAGAGAAUAUUUUUCUAAUUCAUCAGAAUGUAUUUCUUGGAAGUAUGGAAGCUGUGUUUGGUUCACUGACCCAGGUUUCUUCAAUAACUUCUGUGCUCCACUCAAUGCAGGCGCACCCAGGAGUGUUUUAUACUGGAACAUUUAGUAGUUCUUAAAACUGAUUUCAUUUUUGAAGUUUCUCGUGCUGUUUUACAGUCUUUCAGAAUUCUGUAUCGUGAUUCUAUUUAGUGGGGAAAUAUUGGUGGUAGGUGGAUGGUUGGACUGGACAAUCUUGAGGUCUUUUCCAACCUUGGUGAUUCUAUGAUUCUAUGAAUGUGAAUGUGCAUAUUUUAGAUCCCCUUUAGAUCCCCUUCGCUCUCGCUGAAAUCAUUUAGCAUUACAAAGCUAAAUUAUUAAACAUCUGUUUCGUUUUCUCUAAAAUCCCCAGAUGGCUCAGUUUAAUCAUUCACUUUUUGCAUUGAUUCACCUUUUCACAGUAUCCUGAACAAAGAGAUGACAUUUUGGUUGGAAGCAGGUUUUCAAUAUGCACAAACUGAGCUUAGAAUGCAAACAAACACAUUUGGAAGUACAGCUGCUGUAUUACAGGUUCUUGAUACUUUUUGGUAACACAAUACUAUUGAUGUGUAUAUAGUCUUUUUUAAGCGUCAGAAUUCCUGACGAUGGUUUUAAAUUGUACUGACAGCAAAAUUUCAGAGCAGGAUUGGGAAUUAGCCUAAAUUUCAAAUUAUCCUGUUGUACCCUUCAGGUUUUUAUGUUUUUUUUCCUCCUUAAAACUGAGACAGCUUUAAAGAUACAUCCUAAGUGCAAUAAUAUGAAAUCAUUCUUGACGUGGAAAUAAAGGUGAGCUAUUAAAACAACGUUCAACAAGAUAUUUGCACUAAGUGAACAUGCAGCUUUAUUUUAGGUCUUCGCAGCUCUGUAUUGUAUUUAAAUGUAAAGAAAUGUCUUUGCACGUCCUCUUGGUUGCUUAUGAUACUAAAAUACGUCCCGAUUGCUUAUGUAUUCUUAGAUAACAUGUACUGUUUGUCAGGCGUGUAUUUCUGGAUAUCUUCUUCUGUGAAAAAUAUUUGAAAACACAAUGCUUUCAGAUGAAAACAAGUUUAUCUUAGAAUGCACUUCCAAGUGCAUUGCUUAUCUGUGGGUAUGGAUGAGCGGUGCAGUGGGAUUGCCUGAAUAUUCUUUACAUCAAGUCCAUUGAGCAUUUCUGUAGUCUUCAGGUGCGUCAUAACAGAGAGUAAACUGAACGCAGUCUAAAGACGAAGUGCAUCCUGAACUGCAUUUUAAUUAGUGGCAGUGCCUGUUCCUUAUGUGAACCACAGGGGGAUAUUGUUUUAAAAUUAUAUCACUUAAUGUCUCUUCUAUUUCUGUUGUUUUUCAGUUUUUCAGCAUUGUAGUAAACUGCUAAGAAAGCCCACAAGCGUUUGUGAUCUGAAACACUCUAUUAGCAGUGCUGUUACUUAAAAUGUUUACAUCCAUUGGCUUAAAAAAGUCCUUUACAUGUAAUCACACAGAGCAUCCCAAUUGUAGAAGACCAGUGCUGAUACUUUGUUUGUAUUGUAGAAUUUCAGUUCUUGUCUCAUGUAAUGCUGGAAGGAAUUGGAUUUUACACAGUUAAUGGCGUAUAUAAGCGGGACUUAAAGGUAGAAAAAAAUCCAAGUGGGUUCACUGGGACUUGUGCUUCUGCACCUCCCAAGUACUCAUGAGAAUUUCAUGAAAACAUUAAUAGCAUUGCUAAUUAAAGCAAGUACCAAAUGCUGCCUUUAGUAUAGAAGCGAUAACAGCUCAUGCUGUUGCAGUCUGGCAUAUCUCUGCAGACGGUGCUUUUCAGUAUUACCGCGCGUUUGGGCCGUGCAAUGGAUUCUGCUGAUUAAGUAUGAUUCAAAACCUCUCAUUUCCUUUUGCUUUAUGAUAAAUGAAUAUUCACCAUGGGUCUUACAUUUCAUGUGUUAUAGCUUUGGGAGUUUGUAACAACAGUUAUAGCUGCUUUUUAGCAUUAAUGUAAUUUGGAAUUGUCAUGAUGAAACAUCUUGAUGUAAUUGUGGCACCUUCCUGACUUGGUGCUCUGAGUAUAUAGAAUAGCCAGGAGAGAAUAUAAAGCAAGUGCUGUUAAGACUUAUAAAUGAUAUAGAAAUAAUGUAACAGUAAUGUGAGUUAAUUGUUGUUAGACCCUUUAAAAAUAUAUCUGUACAUAAAAAUCCAAAUGUUCAUAUUUGAGUAACUAAAAAUGUGAAUUAUCUUCCCCAGUAUCAACUACAUUAAAGAAAAACAACAACAAAAACCCCAAAAAGUGGCCUUGGGAAGGGAACUCAGAGCGAAAGAUCACCUAGCAGUGACCAGAGCAGUAUUAGAAACAGAUGCCGAAAUCAGGAUGUCAAGGCAGUGGAUGCAGAGUUAGAACUAAUGAAGUUAAGUUGGUGCGAUGCUGUUGGAAUACCGAACCUAUUGCUGAUGCCAGUGCUUGUUUUACAACGGUGCUGCAAUUGAAAAGGCUUCCAAAAAAUGAGAUUUCAGAAAAGGCUUUUAAAGAGAUGAAUGCAUGAGAAUUCCGAUAGCAUCUUUACUGCCAGCUCACAUCUACUGCGGAAAUGAACGCCCAAUAGGAAAAAGUCUGUAUCAGACAGAAGCGUGAGAGGAUUGCAUCCUAAAAUUAGAUAAGAAGCAGUUAAAAUGGAAGUAAAAUUCAGAUUGUUGGCAGUGAGACUAAUUAAGCAUUGAGAAAGUUGUGCAGAGACGUACUGCAUUCUGAAUGCCCUGAGGCUGUGAAAGGGAGACUCCCAACCUGCCUCCCCUUUCAAAAACUAACAGAUAAAUGUCCAUCACACACAGCAGCUGGUUGGUGCACCUUAGAAAAAGUGACAGUAUGGUGUAGAAAUGUUUGUUAUUUUGAAAAGCGGAAGGAAAAUCAGCAAAUAUUCCAUUUUGUUUCACCCGAAUAAAUGUAAAUUUUUUGUAAUUAAGUUUAAUUUUAGGUGUGGAAGCCUGGUCAUAGGGAAUCUAUCGAACUCCCAUCUUGAUGAUGUAAUGUGUGUCAGAUUUACUCUUGUUGGGGAUGGAUUCUAUGUUGAAAAUACUGCUUCAGUUCAACAGAAAACCUUAAAUCAUUCUGAGAUGCAGAUGUAUCCCUGUCCUAAGAGGUCUGUGCUUUCAUACACAUUGUUGUCUCACCAUAUAAACAGAAUAAUCCUCUUCCUUUUUUCUACUGGGUAUUUUCAGGGUAAGCUUCUAGAAGAUACUGGGCAGAAACAGCUUCAUUUAUGAUGUAGUCUGUAGUCCUACUCUGUGCUGUAGCUGCAUACACUGGAUCUCAAAAGCAAAACUGAUUUUGAGUGAGGGUUUGGUUUGGUGGUUUAUAUGGCUGACAGUUGCGAUGCCCUCUCAGUAGGUAUUGAGAUCCUUGGAAAUCUUCUUAAACCUGUUCAGCAAGUAGUCUGAAAUAGUGCCAAGUCUUCAUAUUCUUAUUUACAUCUAUGCUAUUCAACAAUAUACAAAGCAAAAUUUAUUAAAAUUAUUGUUGGGUUUAUUCCAGCUAUGUAUUUGAAGACUGUUGGAGGAUCAAAGAUCUCAAAUGCCUUUUUUAUCAUUCAAAACUUGUCCUUAUUUCCAAUGACUCUUCAUGGAAUUAUCAUAAAGUCAAAGAUGGCAUUGCCACAAGUUCUGUUCUGUGAUUGUCUGUGAGGGUCUGUGUGGGAUCAGGUGAGGUAAGCAUUUGAUGCUUUUCUCUUGGCUCCUCAUGUAUUAUGUUUGGAUGUGUACAUUCCUAAAUUCUCACUGAAGACACUGGAUUUUCAAAGCCAAUGUACAUCCUAUUGUAUAUGGAUAGUACUUCUCAUACCUCAUCCCUUCAUUAAACCUUUGAGCAGCCAUCACCUGAUGGAGAAGGCAUUCUCAUGGAGUGGGAGAGGAGGCUGAGGCAGCCCAGCAGAAUGCUGAACUGUCACACAUAGAUGAAGGCUUUGAUCACAUUCUUAACAUAUAAAAUAUAGACACCACAGUUCCAAAGCAGAAAUGCCCUGCUCAGCUAUUGCACCAGGGAGUACAUGUCAGAGGAACAGGAGAUGCAUCCUUGUGGCCCUGACUGGAGUACCUCAGGACACAAAUCACUGCUACUACCCUGGGAUCAUCCUGAUGGGUGAGUUUAAGCACUGUGCUGGCAGCCCUGCUCAGCUCAUAGGGCCCUACAGGAUCCGGAUCCCACCGUGGGAACCAACGUCGGGCACCUCAGUGCUUCUGUUGGAACCAACCCUCUGCUGAGGAGAGUGUGCAUGUAUGCGUGCACAUAGAUAAUACCAUGUUGUUUGGCAGGGGCAUACACAGUCUGCAUUUAACUACAGGAGCUGCAGCUCUUGGAUGCGAGGCAUGGCUGAGAAAAUACUUUCGUUUCCACAUCUUGCUGUUGACAAGCACAGUGCCACUACAAUUCCAGACAGUGAGCUUCUCUUAAUGCUGGCGUGUUUUCAGUAUGCCUUUUAGUCUUUUCUGUAUGUUGUGUCAACAUUUUACAUCUUUCAGAACUGUGUGUUGAGUGAUUUUAUACUGAAAUGUGUGCUAAUAUUGGUAACACUGACGUGUUUCGCUGUCUUUAUAGACCUCCUCUUUUGUAUGUUGUUUUUGAUAUUAAAAGAUGCACAUUUUGCCAGCCUUAACUCUGUUCUUUAAGAUUCUGCGUUGUUUGAAAGGUGGAAAGAAAAAACAACAUCGUCUGAUGUCUUUCAUGGUGCUAUAAUAAUUGUGCCCAACCUCAAAUUACCCUGAAUAAAGAUGGUAGUUCUUAAGUGC